AUGUGCCAAAAAAGCAUGGCUCUCAUGAGUUGGCCAUCGUUCAGGACGGAGCUCACAUUGCGGGGAAGUCCACUCCGCUUUUAUGUUGACAGCUACGGUGGCGGAUAUGCUACUGUCUAUGGACCAGGAUUGCAGAACUCAAUCGUAGGAGAGCCAGCCGCCUUCACUGUUUGUGCGAAAGGGUCAGCUGCGAAGGAGCUGUCUGUGACUAUCGAAGGACCAGCACAGAGCAGGAUCAAGAUCCAUGACAACAAGGAUGGCACGUGCUCGGUCACGUGGGUGCCUCCAGUUCCGGGAGAAUACAAAGUUCAUGUAAAGCUCGGUGGGAAAGAAGUUCAUGAUUCGCCGUUCAGUGUAUUGGUCGCAGGUGAAGGACAGAAACGUGCCCAUCUAUCUGUUGGCUCUACGUCAGAAGUGGCGCUGAACAUUACUCAGUCUGAACUGAAGGGUAUUUCUGCCUCCAUCAAAUCGCCCUCUGGUAUUGAAGAACCGUGCUUUGUUCGGCUCAUCGAGGGAGGAAGGCUUGGUGUUUCUUUCACACCUCGUGAGGCAGGGGAGCAUCUCAUUUCCGUUAAAAGGGAUGGAAAGCUUUUGCCAAAAGCGCCUUUCAAGAUCAAGGCAUGUGGAUAA